GGCGUGUGACGUCCCACGUGGGAGCCUUCUAGGCUGCCGUAGUGCAGAUAUCGGCUUGGAGGUGAGUGAGGAAGUGCCUCUGAAAACCAACGCUAUCCUUUGCUUUGAAAAACAAGCCUCUAAAAAAUAAUGAAUAUUCUGCCCAAGAAAAGCUGGCACGUGCGCAAUAAGGACAAUGUUGCGCGAGUGCGGAAAGACGAAGCGGAGGCCGCAGAGGAGGAGCGCAAGCGCAGGAAGAGGGCAGAGCUCGCGGAACAAGAGGCCAGGACUGACUUCCUGCGUAAGAAGGCCAGGCAGUCGUUGGCGGGUCCCUCGUGUAGCGACGUGGUUGUGGCGAGCGAAGCGUCGGCUCACGUCAACUUCUUCCAGGAUGUGGAGGAAGGAGGCAAAGGGACCAACCGAGGAAACAAGGAGUACGAAGAGGAGAAACUGAAAGAAAAGGAGCGACAAGAGAAAGCCCUGGGCAUCCUGACUUACCUGGGGCAAAGCGCGUCAGAGGCCCAGACCCGUCCCCCCUGGUACCAGGACGUCCCGACCCGAUCUAAAGAUGGCGAAGACGAUACCAAGGACGAGAAGCUGAAAGGAAAGCUCGACCCGCUGUGUCAAAUGGAGAAAUACCUCCACAAAAAGACCGGGGAGAAAAGGAAACGCUCCGAGAAAAAACAUAAACAACACAAAAAAACGAAAGAGGAGAAGGCGGCAAAACCAUCCAUGGAGCAACUGCGGCAGGAACGCCUGAAGAGGGAAGCGGCGGAGAAGGCGCGCGCCAAAGCGUUGCUGUCCGGGAAGAAAAACACUCCCGCUCCGGAGGAGGAAAUGGACGAUCGGAAGAGACGGUACAACUCGCAGUUCAAUCCACAGGCCGUCCGGAAACCCAAAGUACGAGAGGAGCCCUGGAGACCUCGGGAUUGAAGAGAUGGUGGACUGAUUGUGAUACUCGUGUAGAUUUCUUCUUCUGUACAUUUCAGACUAAAAAGACUUUGCGUGCAUAUGGAACAAAUAAAGAUGUUUUGGCUGGAA